AUGUCGGACGACGGCGGCGCCGGCGAGCCGCUCAGCGGCGACCAGAAGCGGGAGAUCGCCGUCUGGUUCCUCGCCAACGCCCCCACCGGCGAGAUCCACUACGUCGCCAAGGAUGUGCGGGCGUUGCUGGGGGACGACGCCGCGUACGAGGCCGCGGCCGCCGAGGCCUACCCGGAGUACAACAAGACGCACCUCGUCUCCCUCGAGCUCCCAGACCGCAGCGGCGAUAUAAUCAUCACAACUUAUGGGGAGAUUGACAGGAACAACUAUCUGGACCCUAGGACCGCACAAAUUGCUACCGUGGACCAUGUUAAGCAGACUUGUACAAAAUUGAGGCCUGCUACAGAUGAGGAGCUUCCGUCAGGAUAUAUUGAAGAAUUUAGGAGUGCUAUAGAUUAUGAAGUGUCCAAAUAUGUUGGUGAAGCUUAUCCAAAAGGUGUUUCUGCCGUUUAUUGUACCAAUGGAAAGGAUCUAGAGGAACCAGGAGCUGAUUUUGGUUUGGCAGUAGUUAUUUCUGCUGCUAGACGAAGCCCACGGAACUUUUGCAAUGGCAGCUGGCGUUCCAUUUGGACUUUGGAAUUCAGUUAUGCGUUUCAACUUGUAGAAAUUAAAGGAAAGAUACAGGUAGAUGCUCAUUAUUUUGAAGAGGGAAAUGUGCAGCUGGAUACUGAUGUUGAUCGCAAGGACUCCACAAUAAUGCAGUCACCUGAAGACACUGCACACACAGUUGCUAACAUCAUUCGGCAUCACGAGUCCGAGUAUUUUUCAUCUCUCGAGGAAUCAUACUUGAAUCUCUCCGACGCAACGUUCAAGGAUCUUCGGAGGAAACUUCCGGUUACCCGCACCCUUUUCCCAUGGCAUAACACGCAUGCCAUCACCCUCACGCGGGACCUCGCCAAAGAGCUAGGGAUAGGGAAAGGAAGCCAUGUCACUAGGUAG